GUCUCUAAGUGUCCUGGAAAUGAAUCUGAAUAUCAUUAUUUAACACCAAGCCUGAGCCAUGCAGCAGAGGGUAAAGUUGUUGAUAUGAUGUUAAAAGUGGAAACUACCUUUAUACCAUGUGUCAAAUUACACUAUCACCCUGACCCAGUGUUCAUUAACUACCAGCUACACACUGAACUGGAUCCUGAUCUGGAAUUAAAAAUAUAUAAAGAAAAUGACAACUUGAAUAUUUCUAAAACUGAGGUAGAUGUUUAUCUGUCAUAUAUGAGCGGUGCACAGACCAAAAAGAUAUGGUUCAGCGUCCAAAAUAUUACCAAAAAAACAGAUCGUAGCACCAUACUGUGCAAAUACAAAAGGGAAGGAACAGACAAGAUUGACUUUUCCACAGUGAAAGUUUUUGUCAAAUUAGGAAAUUUUGAGCAUGAAGUCAAACCAGCAUCAUCACACAUAUAUUUAUAUGUUCUUAUUUUGCUACCUAUUGUAGUGGGCGUCAUUAUAGCGGCAUUCAUAGUUACUAGAUACAAAUCCAAAGAGCUAACCCGUAAACAGAGUCAGCAACUUGAACUGCUGGAAUAUGAAAUUCGGAAGGAAAUACGCGAGGGAUUUGCUGAACUGCAGAUGGAUGAAUUAGAUGUGGUGGACAGUUUUGGAACCGUUCCCUUCCUUGACUACAAACACUUUGCUCUUAGAACUUUCUUUCCAGAGUCAGGAGGCUUUGCAUCCAUCUUCAGUGAAGACAUGCCACAGAGCAGAGACCAAACAAGCAAGGAUGACAGCUUCAACAUGUUGCAUGCUUUAAUUUGUAACAAGAACUUUCUUGUUACUCUCAUUCACACCCUUGAAAAGCAGAAAAAUUUCUCUGUGAAAGACAGGUGCUUGUUUGCAUCCUUCUUGACCAUUGCACUACAGACUAAGCUAGUUUAUCUAACCCAUAUUUUGGAAGUGUUGACAAAGGACUUGAUGGAGCAGUCAAGCAAUGUGCAGCCUAAGCUCCUGCUCAGACGAACCGAAUCUGUGGUAGAAAAAUUGCUGACAAACUGGAUGUCUGUCUGCCUUUCUGGAUUUCUCCGGGAGACAAUUGGUGAACCUUUCUAUUUGCUAGUGACAACCCUCAAUCAGAGGAUUAACAAAGGACCUGUUGAUGCAAUAACUUGCAAAGCCCUGUACACGCUUAACGAAGACUGGCUGCUGUGGCAAGUGUCUGAAUUCAAAACAGUGACAGUGAACAUUAUCUUUGAAAAAAUCCCAGAAAAUGAGAGUGGAGAUGCCUGUCAAGUUAUCCAAGUUAAUGUUCUGGACUGCGACACCAUAGGUCAAGCCAAGGAGAAGAGCCUUCAGGCUUUCCUAAAUAAGAAUGGCUUUCUCUAUGGUCUUCAGCUGGAUGAAAUUGGUCUUGAACUUGUGUCUGAGGAGCAGCAAAGAGAAUUGCUAGAUAUUGAUGGUUCCUCAGAGGUGAUGGAGGAUGGGAUAAGGAAGCUAAAUACCAUCAGUCAUUAUGAGAUUUCAAAUGGAGCAACCAUAAGAGUCUUUAAAAAGAAGGCAAAUUCCCGAUCAGACGUGGACUACUCGGAUGAACACUGUCAUUUGAUUUUACCAGACUCCGAAGCAAACAAAGAUGUGAAGGGAGCGGGUCACAAAGGAAAGCAAAAAUUCAAAGUGAAAGAAAUGUAUCUGACAAAGCUUCUGUCAACCAAGGUUGCAAUUCAUUCAGUUGUUGAAAAGCUCUUCAGGAGCAUUUGGAGUUUACCCAACAAUAAAGCACCUGUUGCCAUCAAGUACUUUUUUGACUUUCUGGAUGCCCAGGCUGAGAGCAAAAAAAUUACUGAUCCUGAUGUGGUCCAUAUAUGGAAAACCAACAGUCUUCCUCUUCGCUUCUGGGUGAACAUACUGAAGAAUCCCCAGUUUGUCUUUGAUAUUAAGAAGACUUCACAUAUAGAUGGCUGUUUGUCUGUAAUCGCACAAGCUUUCAUGGAUGCCUUUUCUCUAGCAGAACAGACACUGGGAAAGGAAGCACCAACAAAUAAACUUCUCUAUGCUAAGGACAUUCCACUCUACAAGAAAGAGGUGAAAGCGUACUAUAAAGCCAUCAGGGAUCUGCCUCCAUUGACCACUUCAGAGGUUGAAGAAUUUCUAACUCAGGAAUCUAAGAAACAUGAAAAUGAAUUUAAUGAGAAAGUGGCCUUGAUUGAAAUCUACAGAUACAUAGUGAAGUAUUAUGAUGAGAUUGUCAGCAAACUCGAGCGAGAACGGGGGUUUGAAGAAGUCCAGAAACAGCUCCAGCAAGUAAAAGCCUUAUUUGAUGAAAAGAAAAAAUGCAAAUGGCUUUGAGCAGAGCACUGACUCACAGCAUCACUGUGGGGGAUUUAAAAUUAGCGCUACUGCUCCC